GGCCUACAUAUUCACACUUAGCCAGCCAUGGCCUACAUAUUCACACUUAGCCAAAACUAGGGCCCACAUUAUUCUCAUCUUUAAACAAAUUAAAAUAUGUACAAGUGCUUGGAUCUAUAAAUCAUUUAUAAAUUCCCUCAAAAUCUCUAACCUCCAUAUACUACACCAGAAGCCAAUGAAAAAAGAAAAAAACAAAAAAGGAGAGUGCAAAAGGAAAACACUUCUUCUUGAUCUUCCAUUCACGGUUUUCUUUUUCGAAAAAUCCUGGAAAUUGCUAGCCAUUGUUACUAGAAUUUUGUGAGUCGUCAUUUUAUGAACAUUUGAGACCGUCAAGCAAAUGAUUUACAACUCCCUAAUAACUAAUUCUUGGGCUUAAUGCAAGACCUGAAAAGUGUUGGGAUCAAUAGGACUCAUUGACUGUGUCCAGAGAUACGAGCAGAACUUUUCGCUUUUCUCUAUUUUUGGAGCAAUAAGGAAGGGAAUAUAUUAAGGAUAUGUCUGCAAAAACAAUGAGUUCGCUAAGAGAUGAGAACAGAGACCUGAGAAAACAGAUUGGUUGCAUGAACGGCAUUUUACAACUCUUUGACCGCCACCAUCUGCUUACCGGGCGGCGUGUGGGCGGCCACCAUCAUAAAAGGCUUCUUCAAGGUACACAACACCAACUGGAACCCCAGUAUGCAACCGGCGCCAUCACCGAAAAAGCUCGCAAGUCGCAUAAGGAGAAACCCAGAAUCUCCACCGAAUCUUCUUGUACAUCCACAUUCUCGUCGUCCCUCGAUUUCAACAGAAUAGCCCAGCCCGAAACACUUCCACUCAGACAGAAAAAUAAACCCGAAAGCACUAAAGAACCACAAUCCCUCGACCUUCGUGAUGUAGUGAAAGAUUCAAUGUAUCGGGAAGCCCGUGGCCUGUCCAUCAAACACCGAGCACCUAAAGAUGAAAAGAAAGGCACCGUGAUGAAACAUGUAGACUCUCCCAGGCCCCCACCCCAAUCCAAACCCAAAACACCAAAACCGCACAUAUUAAUAUCCGAAGGAUCCGGUCGAGUUCUUGCUGGGGCCCACGAGAUCACAAGAAUCUCAAAGGACGAGCGGCCGUCGAUUGGCCUUCCUCGUUUUUCUUACGACGGGAGAGAAUCGCGGGAUGGGCUCAGGUGGGCCGCGGCGAAGCACAAAGAACUCCCGAGGCUGUCGUUGGACAGCAAAGCUAGUUCCAUGAAGAAGUGUUGGGCCCACGAGUCGAGAAGGAAUUUCCUCGACCAGGACCCGCAUGCGGAAAACGAGAAUCCCGGGCACAACCGGACAUCCAGCAUUGUGGCAAAGCUGAUGGGUCUUGAAAACUUCCCGGACCCCACCGCAGAUGAGAAUGGGACCCCAACAACAAAAUCGUGUCCUAACGAAGCUUUCCUUGAAAACUCAUCCUUAACACCUCAAAAUCAAGCUAGUUAUUUUUCACCUCGAUUUCCUCCAAACGACCCCGCCUCACCGUCCCCAAGAUCUCAUGGUGCGAAUUUUGGUAGAAAAACGAAUACGUGUUCAAGAAUUCCGAUCGAACCAGCUCCGUGGAGGCAACAAGAUUCGAGCCAAGGUUCUGCGAAAGUAGCCUUAGACAAAAGGAGAUCACCAACUAACAGCCGAAACGUAUCUUCUUCGGUCUAUGGUGAAAUCGAGAAGAGGAUAACAGAACUUCAAUUCCAGAAGUCGGGUAAGGAUCUCAGGGCUCUUAAACAUAUACUUGAAGCAAUGCAGAAAACGAGAGAGCGGUUAGAAGAAAGAACGGAAGAGCCUAUACAAUGCACAUUACAGAGGAAAAGUAACAAUCGAGUUCUUACCAUCGAGGGUCAUUGCAAUCCAAAGCAAUUAGGCUCGCCAGUUCCAAUAAUCAAACCAGCAAAAGUGAUGGAAAAAGUCAGAUUUCCAAUUCCAAAUAAGCAAGAAGUCCGGACACGAAACUCCAAGUAUUACUUGGAAAAUUCAGUUACCAGGCCAGAAACAAAAGUGCUCACAUCCAAGAACAAAAUAUUUUCUACAGACAAAAGGACUUCUCGGGGAGCUUCAGAACUAGAUAGAACUAUGGUGGGGCCUCAGCGCAAGAAGGUAGUGGUGAGCCCAAGAUUGCAACAUAAUGUACUCAGGAUAGAAGGACAAUCUCCACCCACCACCCCAUCACCAGACUCGGUCCAGGUUAAAAAUCAUUGCAGAAAGAAUCUUACGGAAAAAGGUUCUCGGAACAGAAAAUACAAAGUAAAACCAAAUGAUAUGCAGUUCAGUGAUGAGCACUUGGGUGAGCUUAGCAGUGAGACGAGGCAUUCGAGCUAUCAGCACGACACAGCUUCUGUAGUGUCAGACAGCAGCAACAGCCAAGUCUCACAGGCAGCAACAGAUGUUAUAGACCUGGUACAUUUAGUCAAUACAGAUGCUGCACAAAAAGAGAAUUCCGUGUCAAUGAUUAGAGAAGACAUGCCUGCAGUAAAACCAGUAAUAACCAUUUCUGAACAACCAAGUCCAAUCUCAGUUCUUGAUAAUACAUUUUACAGUGAAGAUUCACCAUCUCCAGUGAAGAAGAUAUCAACGGUGUUUCAAGACGAGACUACAUGUCCAGAUGAAGCAGAAUGGCAUCUCGAGAAUGUAAAUCAUUUAACAAACUGCAAAAGACCAAAUCAUGCUCAUAUGGACAACCAGAAGUUGGAGAACUUGAGAAACUCAGUUCAAGAGCUUACAUUGUCGACCAAGCCCGAUCCAACGGCUGUGGGUCACCAUUCACUAUUAUACCAGAGCCUCCACCCAGAUCACAAAUAUAUCAACAGGAUACUGCUGACAUCAGGACUCCUCAAACAUCCGAGCGUCAUCUCACCUGCUGAUCAGCUCCUUUCCUCAUGCCAUCUGAUAAACCCUAACAUGUUUCAUGUCCUCGAGCAAACAGAGGAAAUCAGUCCAAAGAGUGAUAUCAUGAAGUUGAACAACAAAAGAAUAGAGAGAAAAAUUAUUUUUGAUUUGGUUGAUGAAACACUUGUCCGAAAGAUCACCUCGGGCGGAUUGUUUACAUCAGGGAACAAAAUGACUAGUCCACAGGUGCUGUUAAAAGAAGUGUAUAUCGAGAUGGACCGUGCCUGCAGGAUACAGGACAGCAGUCUUGAUGAUGAGGAAGAUGAAAUGAACAGACUCCUGACUGCAGACAUGAUGUAUCAAGAUGAUUGGGUGAAUUACGGUGGUGAGGUUCCAGCUUUAGUGUUGGACAUUGAGCGUCUGAUCUUUAAAGAUCUGAUAAAUGAGUUAAUCACUGGUGAAGGUAUUGGCAGUCUUCGUGAUUGCCCUUUUUGGUAUUGCAGGAAGCUGUUUAGCAAGUAGGAUAUCUGCUCCAGCUGAAUCCUUAAUAUUUUAGUAUGUAUCGUUGUUCUAACUUGGUCCAUAAAAUACAAUGUCAGAUGGAUCGUGUAUAAAGCAGCAUAAGCACAGAUCUCGUUAACAUAAUAGUAACUUCCUUCUUUCAUUUGUUGCUUCAGUUCAUUUUUAGUUAAAUAAAUAAAUAAAUAAAAACUAAAUGAGUGAUCAGUUUACCUUCUAUGCAAAGUCCAAGAAAAAGACGUUCAUAAAAUGAUAAUAUGCUGGAAAAUUAAUGUGGUAGGCAUUUUGCAGUUUGUAAGGCCUUAGUUCGCUGCCUUCAAGCACUGCCCAAUUUAUAAGAUAAUUUCUGAAUAGCAGCAUCUAUAGAUGCUAACUCAUUUGUGGCUAAGGAGCAAAUUAUUUUAUGUAAAACUAUUUGAUCAUAUAAUCUGGCACAAUCUCAGUAUAUUGGCAGAUGACAACUACAACCCCACUACGGUUCACCAAUUGUUGCUCUAACAUGAUAAUAUCUUAGCAAUGCUCAUGGUGUGAUUACGAGAAAUAACCAACAACAGAAAACCAGCCAGGACAGAUUCUACUUGGUGGAGGCCAUACCAUAGUCUUCAAACAAACCAAUACAGAAAUGUCUACCAUUUUUCGAACAAGAAGAGACAUAUUAUCAGCAAUGAAAAUAAACCUGCAAACCUACAAUUAGUGCUAUUCGAUGUCUCGUUAUAAUGUACUAAACGAUGAGUCCUGAUAUGAUAUGAUGCUACAAAACAUACAUAAAUAAAUAAGCAAAUCACUUCCAAAAAGCACUGUGACUUCAAGAUUCCAGACUAAAUUUUGUCAAAUCAGUUAUCAGUAAGUCAUUUUAUAUGGCUCAAGAAUGUAUCUUACUGUCAAAUAAAAGAUAAAAAAGGAGAAUGCACAAUAAAACCUGCCGAUGCUUAUACGAUUUAUAGAUAUUUCAGUGACGACAUAGAUAAUAUUAUGAUUAUGCCAACGGCCUACUUUCUCUGCCAACCACCUUAAUAGCGCAAGAUAUCCAUGAGAGAGAGAAAGAGCUACCGAGCGAGAGAAAUGGAGCAAGCAAGAGGUGCACCCCAGCAACAAGAGCAGCCACCAAUCCCUUUGAGAUGCCCACGUUGUAACUCAUUAGAUACAAAAUUUCGAUAUUUCAACAAUCACAGCCCCACACAACCUCGGCACUCUUGCAGGACUUGCAAGCGACAAUGGACUGUAGGUGGAAACUUACGGGAUAUCCCCAUUGGGGGUAAACCUAGGACUGCUAAGCAAUCAAAGGCUUCAUCUUCAAGAUUUGUCCAUUCAAGGUGCCAACAGCCACCAUUACCAUUGGGGCAAGAAC